AUGUCAGCAUAUUGUAUCGCUAGUGAAGAUGAGAGACACGAAAAAAACCAAAAUAAAACAUCAAUAUGGGCAGGAGUGAAGGAGCUAUAUGAUGCAAAUCACGCGGAAAACCCAGGAAAGCUUGGUAACAGGAACAUAGCUCAAAUAAAAGGUCGUUAUAAACGAUUUAAUAAAAGUGUCGGCAAAUGGGUUGGUGUUUAUCGAGAAGCAUAUAGAAAAAUAAGAAGUGGAAUGAGUAUGAAAGAUAUUGAGAAUGAAGCUCAUAAAUUGUAUGAGACAAGUGGAAGCAAGUUCAAUGAGACAAUUGUUUUUAAUGAGGUUAUGUGUAAACAUCGAAAAUGGGGUUUACAGCUAGAUCAUGAUGCAACACGAUCACGUCCUAAAUAUAAAGUGGGUAAUGAAGAAAGUGGUGGUAGCACAAAAAGAUCAAUAUCUACUGAAAAAGGAAGUAUUGUGUCCAAUCCAACACAGAAGGGGCAAAUAUUACUGGUUUAA